AUGACCUUCUUGCCAAACACCUAUUCAUCUCCGAACGCUCAUCCUGUGGAGUUCGCGAAGAGGGCAAGUGGUCGCGUCAAAGUCGCGCUUCAUUGCGAGUCUUGCCAUGUGGUCACAAUCAAGAUUCUGCUUCUCAAGAACGCUUCCUUCCUGCCACUCUAUGAACACUCGCGCGACCGAGACAGAGGAGUACCGCAAUGGAAUAGACUGGGAAAUUGUCAUUAUGAUACACUGUCCAUUAUCUACAGGCUUGCUUAUGCUCACGCAUUUCCUGUCAUUCAUUGCGAGAUCAAGCCGGAGAACAUUCUCAUUGCAAAUCUCAACCCUCCUCAUAUUAAGAUUGCAGAUUGGGGAACUGCAGAUUUUGCUCCACCUGAACAGCGUCUACAAAUAAGUUGUGGAAGCCUGCACUAUGCUAGUCCUGAAAUCGUGCAAGGAGAACGCUUGCCUGGUACUGUUACUGACAUCUGGAGCUGCAGUGUAAUUCUAUUCGCCCUAAUGACUGGUCGUCUUUCGUUUGACAGCAUAGUAUUCGAGCUCUUCUUUUGA